GAGACGGCAUUCAAAAGGGUUAAAGAUCGUUUGACAGCAGACAUACAAGCAGACAAACCUGGGGAGUUUUCAUCCACUGUUAACAAUGGAACACUUUCUUGGAUUACAUCCCAGAGAGGCAGUGGUGCAAGCAGCGGCCUUGCUUGGCUGUGACUCAAUUUCUGCAGAAGUGGCUGAAUAUUUUGACAAACACGACAAACUAAGUCAUCUCAGGGAGAACUUUCUGGUGCCCAAAGUGUCAGAUCUGCCUCACUCUGAUCUCUCUGUGGUGGAUGGAAGCAAAGACUGCAUAUACUUGUCGGGAAAUUCACUUGGACUUCAACCCAAAAUGGUUAAGAAAUAUCUGGAAGAAGAGCUGGACAACUGGGCCAGAUUCGGGGUCCAUGGUCACACAGAAGGAUCCAGACCAUGGGCAUGGGCUGAGAACACCAUAGAGGAGCUCAUGGCAAA